AUGUCUGCCUUCCCAGCCAACCUCGCCGCCGUAACCUUCGCAAAUAGCACGCACCUAUACUUCAUUGACAGCUCCACUGGCAGGAUCAACUACUACAAAUCGCAGGACCCCAACGAGAACGCUAAACAGGCAUACCAUGGUCCAGACACCGUCACCAUCCCGGGUGCUGCUGUGAACGACCCGUCUGUCGCGCCACUUGCUGCUCAGAACAAUGCCCGCUUGGCUGUCGCCAGGUUCCUCCGCGAUGACAAGGAAGAGAUCCGCCUCUACUACCGUUCUUCGCAGAAUCGCUUGAUGGAGCUUUGCUUGUCUGCUGAUGGAAACGGAUGGCGCAAAGGCGACCUUAACGAGAAAAACUUUGCCUUGGAUUCCAAUGGCGGCAUCGAAGCAAUUGCCACACCUGACAACAAGGAGAUCAAGGUCUAUUGUCUCGGAGACGGCCAUACGAUACCUACCGUAUGGUACCGUUUCAACGACAAGUGGCAGAGCCGCCUCAUCAAAUAA